UGGCAACUCCGUCAUCAACACUAUUGCAUUGCACAUUACGAAGUUUUCACUUUUCAUAUUUGUUUAGACAUUACCUGAAGCUAGUCAUUAACACCUCACUCACAAUUACCAAAAUAAAAAAUGCUGACAACGCGUUUGAAUAUCGCUGCUCGCCUUCAGUUACUGCGCAGCUGCUCCACGACAUUAGUGGGCAAACAAAAAGAAACAGCAGCUGCUGCUGCUGCCCUAGAAAGCCAUGAUCCGUUGCAGGCGCAUGCAAUGAAAGAGCAAUGCAUUUUGGUGGAUGAGCAGGACAAGGCCAUUGGAGCCGCAUCGAAGGCUGAUUGUCAUCGCGUGGAUCCCGAGACAAAUAGCCUAAAGCUGCAUCGUGCCUUUAGUGUCUUCCUAUUUAACACAAAGGGGGAAAUGCUGAUACAACGUCGCUCGCUUCAAAAGAUCACGUUCCCAGAUACAUACACGAAUGCCUGUUGCAGUCAUCCAUUGCAUGACAUCGAGCAGGAACGUCUCGAAUCAAAUGCCCAGGGUGUUCGUUUAGCGGCUCAGCGUCGCUUAAAUUACGAAUUAGGGAUUCCCACUGAGGAAAUUCAACCAGAGGACUUUCACUAUCUGACACGCAUUCAUUAUGCUCACCCUGGCGAUGGUAUCUGGGGCGAGCAUGAAAUCGACUAUAUUCUGUUUCUCAAGAAAGAUGUCACCUUAAAGCCAAAUGAUAAUGAGGUCAGCGAGGUGCGUUACUUGAAACGUGCGGAAAUUGACGAUGUUGUAUCCAAAUUUAAUGCACCAAUGACCCCAUGGUUUGAAUUAAUCUUGCGUCAUCGUCUCAAACAAUGGUGGGACAAUUUGCAUAAGCUGCAUAAGUUUGAAGAUUUGCAAAAGAUUCAACGGUUUUAAGGCAAUUAUUUGUAUUACGUGGGUAUAUUGGAGGUAACGACAAACCAAAAAUAUUUAUGCAACCUCAUAUUGUUUUUUAAA